AUGCUCCCCACGCUCCUCGCCCUCCUCGCCGCCUCCUCCGGCCUGCUCAUCGCCAAUGCCCAACAAGUCAACACCCCCGCCUCCCUCACGACCUGCCAGCCCUCUCAGCUCGUCAUCGAAGGCGGAACGGCGCCCUACUUUGUGCAGAUUCUGCCCGGAGGACAGCCCAGCGCGAAAGCUAUCGAGACCCUUCCGACGGUUUACAAGUCCGGACCGCUCACUUGGCUCGUCGACGUUCCCGCUGGAACGAGCAUCACGCUCUCCGUGACGGACUCUACGGGCGCUAUCAACUACUCGAGCCCGAUAACGGUCCAGCAGGGAACUUCGAGCGAUUGCCUCGGCAAGAACGCUCAAGUCUCCGCCGCCGCGUCCUCCCCGUCCGGUUCCUCCUCGACUUCCGCUUCCUCCUCGUCCUCCGUCGCAGUCGCCUCGCCAUCCUCCACCACUGACGACGACUCGAGCUCCUCGAGUCCGACUUCGAUCAAGCAGGAGACGAAGCAGCUUCUCCCGUCCACUACCGCCGCCUCGUCGACGACCGUCGUCCUUGCUGCUACGCCGACGCAGUCAGCUCAGGGAAGCAGUGACGGAGCGGGAAAGAACGAGGGAAGGAGAUUCGCUCUUGUCGGAGGAGCCGGCCUCGCGCUCCUCCUCGCUUUCGCAUAG